UUCCGGCUUCCAAGACUCGAACGGAAAGGGGAAAGCCUUGGCUGUGAUGCCGCUGGAUGAUGGCUGCUUUCGGGAUCUUAAGUUACGAACACCGGCCCCUGAAGCGGCCACGACUCGGACCUCCGGACGUUUAUCCACAAGACCCAAAGCAAAAAGAGGAUGAAUUGACUGCGUUGAAUGUGAAGCAAGGAUUUAAUAAUCAACCGGCUGUGUCUGGGGAUGAACAUGGAAGUGCUAAAAAUGUCAACUUCAAUCCCUCAAAGAUUAGUUCAAACUUCAGCAGCAUCAUUGCAGAGAAGUUGCGCUACAACACAUUUCCAGACACAGGCAAACGGAAGCCUCAGGUCAACCAGAAGGACAAUUUCUGGCUCGUUACUGCCAGGUCACAAAGCUCUAUCAACAACUGGUUUACAGACUUGGCUGGGACUAAACCCCUCACCCAGCUGGCCAAGAAGGUGCCGAUCUUUAGUAAAAAGGAGGAGGUUUUUGGCUACUUGGCCAAGUACACAGUACCUGUGAUGCGUUCGGCAUGGAUGAUCAAGAUGACCUGUGCGUAUCACGCCGCCAUCACAGAAACAAAAGUCAAGAAGCGGCACGUGAUUGACCCCUGCAUAGAAUGGACUCAGAUCAUCACUAAGUACCUGUGGGAGCAGUUGCAGAAGGUGGCCGAGUUCUACCGCCAGUCUCCCAGCCAGGGCUGUGGCUCCCCCCUCCCGGCCAAUCCGGCCGAGGUGGACACGGCCAUGAAGCAGUGGGAGUACAACGAGAAGCUGGCCAUGUUCAUGUUCCAGGAUGGCAUGCUAGAUAGACACGAGUUCCUGACGUGGGUGUUGGAAUGCUUCGAGAAAGUCCGACCUGGAGAGGAUGAGCUUCUGAAGCUGCUGCUGCCCCUCCUGCUACAGUACUCAGGGGAGUUUGUGCUGUCGGCCUACCUGUCUCGGAGACUGGCCUACUUCUGCACGCGACGCCUCAACCUGCUGCUAAGCGACGGGAGCCUGGGACCCGGCGCCGGGGGGCACCCGGCACACAGCAUCCUGGCGCAGCCGGGGAACGCCCUGCCCCCCACACCCACCUCCCAGCCCACGGGGGGCAACCAACCCCAGACCCCCUUCACAGACUUCUACAUCUGCCCUCAACACAGGCCCUUGGUGUUUGGGCUCAGCUGCAUGCUACAGAGUAUCGUGCUGUGCUGUCGUGCCCUGGUGUGGCACUACUCUCUGACAGACAGCCGGAACAAGACUGGUUCCCCACUGGACCCUACUCCCAUAUCCCCCUCCAACCUGCCCAUGCCAGGGGCAAAGGCACCUUUACACGAGCAGGUCCGUGCAAAGGUCAGAGAAAUAGAGGAGCAGGUCAAGGACAGAGGGCAGGCUGUGGAGUUCCGCUGGUCCUUUGAUAAAUGUCAGGAGACAACUGCUGGCUUCACCAUUGGAAGGGUCCUACACACCCUGGAGGUUCUAGACAACCACAGCUUUGAGAAGUCAGACUUCAGCAACUCCCUGGAUUCCCUUUACAACCGCAUCUUCGGCUCGGGCCAGAGCAAAGACGGCCACGAGAUGUCCCCUGAUGACGAUGCCGUGGUGACCCUGCUGUGUGAGUGGGCGGUGUGCUGCAAGAGGUCUGGCCGUCACAGGGCCAUGGUGGUGGCCAAGCUGCUGGAGAAGAGACAAGCGGAGAUCGAAGCCGAGAGGUGCGGCGAGUCGGAGGUGGUGGAUGAGAAAGGCUCAGUUUCUUCAGGAUCUCUCUCGGCGGCCACCCUGCCUGUGUUUCAAGACGUGCUCCUGCAGUUCCUGGACACCCAGGCCCCCAUGCUCACGGAGGCAGGCAACGAGAGCGAGCGUGUGGAGUUCUCUAACCUGGUGCUGCUCUUCUGCGAGCUCAUCCGCCACGACGUCUUCUCUCACAACAUCUACAUGUGCACGCUCAUCUCCCGCGGGGACCUGGCCUCUGACUCCCACCUGCCCCGCCCCCGUUCCCCUAGUGAUGAGCCUUCAGACGAAUCAGAGCGCAAGGAGCAGGAUGCAGGCAGCAGCGUCAAGAACGAGGACACUGGUCUCUCCGAGUUAAUGGAGAUCGAUCACAACUCGAGCGCUAAUUUCGAUGAGAUGUUUUCUCCCCCCACUCACUGUGAGUCAAAGGGCAGCCCCUCUCCCGAGAAGCCUGCCCCGGAACAGGAAGGGAAGGGCGCCUGCAAAGACAAGGCCCUGGAUCCUGCCUUCCCAUUGGUGUACGAGCAGCCCCGCCACAUCCAAUACGCUACCCACUUCCCCAUCCCCCAGGAGGAGAGUGCCAGUCACGAGUGUAACCAGCGACUGGUGGUGCUCUACGGCGUGGGCAAGCAGCGAGACGAAGCGAGGCACGCCAUCAAGAAAAUCACCAAAGACAUCUUGAAGGUGCUCAACCGCAAAAGCACAGCAGAGACCGGAGGAGAGGAAGGACAGAAGAGAAAGAGGACUAAGCCUGAGGCCUUCCCCACAGCAGAGGACAUAUUCUCCAAAUUCCAGCACCUCUCCCAUUUUGAUCAGCACCAGGUCACCUCUCAGGUGUCCAGGAAUGUUCUGGAACAGAUCACCAGCUUUGCCUUAGGGAUGUCCUAUCACCUGCCCCUUGUCCAGCACAUCCAGUUCAUCUUUGACCUCAUGGAGUACUCCCUCAACAUUAGUGGCCUCAUCGACUUUGCCAUUCAGCUGCUGAAUGAGCUGAGCCUGGUGGAGGCAGAGCUGCUGCUCAAGUCAUCCAGCCUGGUGGGUAGCUACACCACAGGUCUGUGUCUGUGCAUCGUGGCCGUGCUGAGGAGGUACCACUCCUGCCUCAUCCUCAACCCAGAGCAGACGGCACAGGUCUUUGACGGGUUGCGCAUCGUGGUGAAGUCGGGGGUGAACCCAGCCGACUGCUCCUCAGCCGAGCGCUGUAUCCUGGCCUACUUGUACGACCUCUAUACCUCCUGCUGUCACCUAAAGAGCAAGUUUGGAGAGAUCUUCAGUGAGUUCUGCUCCAAGGUGAAGAACUCCAUAUACUGUAACAUCGACCCGUCUGACUCCAACAUGCUGUGGGACCCUGUGUUCAUGAUGGAGGCCAUCGCCAAUCCGUCGGCCCACAAUUUCAACCACAGCAUGGUGGGUAAGAUCCUCAAUGACAGCCCCGCCAACCGCUACAGCUUCGUCUGCAACGUGCUCAUGGACGUGUGCGUGGACCACAGGGACCCCGAGAGGGUGAAUGACAUUGGGAUCCUAUGUGCGGAGCUGACUGCCUACUGUCGCUCUCUGAGUGCUGAGUGGCUGGGCGUCCUCAAAGCCCUCUGCUGCUCCUCCAACAACGGCAACUGUGGCUUCAACGACCUCCUGUGCAAUGUGGAUGUCAGCGAUCUCUCCUUCCAUGACUCUCUGGCCACCUUCGUAGCCAUCCUCAUCGCCCGCCAGUGUCUUCUUCUGGAGGACCUGGUCCGCUGCGUAGCCAUCCCCUCCCUCCUCAACGCUGCCUGCAGUGAGCAGGACUCUGAGCCCGGAGCCCGUCUGACCUGCAGGAUCCUGCUGCACCUCUUCAAGACCCCCCAGCGCAACCCCUGCCCCCAGGAUGGAGCCAAGUCAGAUAAAUCUUCUGUUGGGAUCCGGUCGUCGUGUGACCGUCACCUUCUGGCUGCCUCACAGAACAGCAUAGUGGUUGGAGCUGUUUUUGCUGUCCUAAAGGCCGUCUUUAUGCUGGGCGAUGCAGAACUGAAGGGAUCGGGAUUCUCUCACCCCGCCGGCCUCGACGACAUCGCCGAUGACGACAUGGGUUCCAAGAAGUCGGGCGGCCGCACCGUCUCCAUAGAAACGGCCAGCCUGGACGUGUACGCCAAGUAUGUGCUGAAGAGCAUCUGCCAACAGGAGUGGGUGGGCGAGCGCUGUCUCAGGUCCCUGUCGGAGGACAGCAGUGCCCUGCAGGACCCGGUGCUGGUUAACAUCCAGGCCCAGCGGUUGCUGCAGCUCAUCUGCUACCCCCACCGCCAGCUGGACAGUGAGGAGGGGGACAACCCCCAGAGGCAGCGCAUCAAACACAUCCUCCAGAACAUGGACCAGUGGACCAUGAGACAGUCAUCCCUGGAGCUGCAGCUUAUGAUCAAGCAGAGUACUAACAACGAGCUGUACUCCUUAUUAGAGAACAUCGCCAAGGCCACUAUCGAGGUGUUCCAGAAGUCAGCGGAGAUGAACUCCACCAACCUCUCAGGGAACGGGUCAGCCGGCGCUGGAGGUUCUGCCUCCAACAGCAACAACCCAAGCAAGAAACCAGUGUUGAGUUCGUCUGAGCGGUCUGGUGUGUGGCUGGUGGCGCCACUGAUAGCCAAGCUGCCCACCUCGGUCCAGGGCCACGUCCUGAAGGCGGCAGGGGAGGAGCUAGAGAAGGGCCAGCAUCUGGGGUCCUCCUCACGCAAGGAGAGGGACCGGCAGAAACAGAAAAGCAUGUCUCUGCUGAGCCAGCAGCCCUUCCUGUCUCUGGUGCUGACCUGUCUAAAAGGUCAGGAUGAGCAGAGGGAGGGCCUCCUCACUUCCCUCUACAGCCAGGUGCAGCAGAUUGUAACGAACUGGCGGGAGGACCAGUACCAGGACGACUGCAAGGCCAAGCAGAUGAUGCAUGAGGCGCUGAAGCUGCGGCUUAAUCUGGUGGGUGGGAUGUUUGACACGGUACAACGCAGUACACAGCAGACCACGGAGUGGGCCGUGCUACUCCUCGACAUCAUUAGCAGUGGUACAGUGGACAUGCAGUCCAACAAUGAGCUCUUCACCACGGUACUAGACAUGCUGAGUGUGCUAAUUAAUGGCACGCUGGCUGCUGACAUGUCUAGCAUCUCUCAGGGCAGCAUGGAGGAGAACAAGAGGGCUUACAUGAACCUGGUCAAGAAGCUCCGGAAAGAGCUGGGUGACCGGCAGUCAGAGAGUCUGGAGAAGGUGCGGCAGCUGCUCCCUCUGCCCAAGCAGACCCGUGAUGUCAUCACGUGUGAACCACAGGGCUCGCUUAUUGACACCAAGGGCAACAAGAUCGCUGGCUUUGAGAAGGAGGGUCUCCAAGUGUCGACCAAGCAGAAGAUCUCUCCGUGGGAUGUUUUCGAGGGCCUCAAGCACUCGGCCCCUCUCUCCUGGGGCUGGUUUGGUACGGUGCGCGUGGACCGUAAGGUGACCAAGUUCGAGGAACAGCAGCGCUUCCUCCUCUACCACACCCACCUGAAGCCCAAGCCGCGCAGCUACUACCUGGAACCCCUCCCCCUGCCCCCUGAGGAUGAGGAGCCGCCCACGCCCGCACCCCAGGAACCCGAGAAGAAGAUGGCGGAGCCAGUGAAGCCGGAGAAGAGCGUCUCUGUGGUGUCGUCCGAUUCAACCAAGAAGAAGACCAAGAAGAAGAAGACACCGUCCACCAACAAGACUGAGGACUAUGUGACCCGUACCCAGGGUGGAGUGUCGUAUGGAACGUGUAUACCCCCAGACACCCUCAUAGGCCAGCAGGCCCACCCCUACAGCAGGAUAGGCUACAACCAGCAGCCCAUGGGCAUGUAUGCCCAGAACCAGCCUCUGCCUCCAGGAGGCCCUGGUUUGGACACCCCGUACCGACCAGCCCGGAACCCUCAAAUGGGCAAGAUGAUGCCCACGCGGCCCAGCUACCCAGGCAUGAUGCCCGGCAUGCAAGGUGGCAUGCCAGGCAUGAUGGGCAUGGACAAGCAGUACCCGAUGGGCUACAAGCCCCAACCCAACAUUCCGCAGGGUCAGAUUCUGCGCCAGCAGCUACAGGUCAGACUGAACCAGAGUAUGAUAGGACCACAGAUGAGGCAGAUGACGCCUAACCAACAAUACAGCUCCAUGCAGCCAAGUCAGAACAUCUCCCAGGGAUAUACCACGUACGGCUCCCACAUUGGGAUGCAGCCACACCCCUCUCAGGCGGGUGGUAUAGUCCCUCCAUCGUAUGGGAACCAGGGCUUCCAGGGAAGCCACCCGGGGGCCAACCCGGCCGUGGUGGACUCUCUGAGGCAGAGGCCCAGCGGCUAUGUUCACCAGCAGGCACCAGGCUACUCACACACCAUGCAGAACACACCAAGGUUUCCCCACCAGUCCAUCCAGCCAGCUCCCGUCAUGCAGCCCCUGAGCCACAUGGGGGUCCACCCGGGCAUGAGACCAAACCAGAUGCUGGCCGAGCAGCAGCAGCAACAGCAGCAGCAGCAGCAACAGGUUCAGCAGCAGCAGCAACAGGUUCAGCAGCAGCAGCAACAGGUUCAGCAGCAACAGGUUCAGCAGCAGCAGCAACAGGUUCAGCAGCAGCAGCAGGUUCAGCAGCAACAACAGGUUCAACAACAGCAACAAGUCCAGCCCCAACAAGUUCAACAACAACAACAACAGCAGCAACAACAACAACAGCAGGUAGCGUCGGCCCAGCCCCCCGGUACCCAGGCUCAGAACCAGGCCCUGGGCAUGCAGCAACCCAUGUUCCCACGACAGGGGAUGCAGCAGACUCAGAUGCAGCAGACUCAACAGCAGCAGCAGACCGCAGCACUGGUCAGGCAGCUCCAACAACAACUCUCAAAUACACAACCCGGACAGAACACCAACUCAUAUUACUGAUAGUGCUUGUUGUAUAUUAGUGUGUGUGUGUGGAAGGAUAGGGAGACCCUGUGUGUGGUCGUGUCCCCAGCCAGCCUGUAGAUUGGCAGAUAGAUGUGUCCAAUGCCCCGCAGACCCCAUAUUUAGAGGUGUAGGCUCUUAGGAGGGAAAGGCUGCUAUUGGCCAAGAAAGACGACCAGGCGGAAGAACCCACAACUCAACCACAGAGGCCCAACAUGCCAUUCGAAAACCAUCUCAACUUCAGUCAUGUAAUUUCGGAACAUCCAAGGAGGGAUUGUGCUGUGAAAUAUUAUGAUCAUGGAGAAUAAUGGAAUGGAAGAGUCUAUGUAAAAAAUAAGUACAAGAAAUUAUAAGAAUAAUGCAAUUUUUUAUUUUAUUUCAAUUUGUACAAUUUUUCAGUUUAGUGUAUUUCUCAUUAAAUAUCAUGUCAGUUUUUAUGUCUUGUACUUGUGUUUGGUGCAUUCUUUUCAUCCUGACACAGCAUUUUACUAAUCAGGUUGUGAAUAAUCAGGAUAUUAUUAAUGAUUUUGAAAUACUAUGAGGAGUCAUUAUUAUCCACUUAUUGAUUGUAGAUAGUAUUGUUUUCAUUUUUUUGUGUAGUCAGGGUUCGCACAGGUCAGUGAUUUGUUUUUGUUAAGUUAGAAUUUUCUGAUAUGCAUUCCAGAGGGAUAGUCAGGGAAUUUUGCAUAUUGAUCACUACUUGGAAAUGAAAUGAUCAGAAAAAUGUAUUCUGUUCUUUUUCCACAUUGCAUUGCCCAGUGAGCUUUUGUCCAUUGUCAUGUACAUUCUGUAAGGUAUAUGGAAAGUCAUGGAAUAUUUUAGAAAUGGGAACCCUGUUAGAUAUGUCGCUAAAACCAGGCAGUCCACUAAUAAAAAAUAUCGAGGUUA